CGAAUAAAAAAAAAGUUUUGUCGUUUUUAUGAAAACAUUCAAGUAAUUUUUAUUUUUAUUUUAUUUCCAUAUUAGAUAAAGUCAUAAUAAACGGUCAAUGACCACGUAUUAAUAUUUUUAAAUUAAAUGUAGUGUGUGCUUCAAUCGAAAUACUCGAAUUUCAUUUGCCAAACAGGCAAAAUUUGAAAUAUUUAUACAAUAUUUACAUAAAAUGAGUGGAAAUCUGCGAAAAGAGGUACUUAAAAUAUUCAAAACAUUACACAGGACCAGAUUGAACACGUUUCAAAACGAUGAACACGCACUUCAAGUUGUGAGGAAGAAGAUAAAUGACGAAUACCGGAAGAAUAUGAAUAUAGGAGAUACUGAAACCAUUAAACAGUUGAAUGAAACUGCUUUGGCUGUGGAAAAGGAAGUAAGAACUAAAAUAAUACAAGCCGUUCAAAAAGAACCAGGAAAAUUCGAGGUUCGAGUAAAAAAAGACAAUUUAAUCGACAACUCUGCAAUGCCCGAUUCAGCAGCUUUUAGUUGCAAUUUAUCUACCAAAACUUGUAAUAGUGCUCCUAAAAAAAAUCUUUAGUGUCCAUCCAGGAUGGAUUACGUAAUAUUCAAGUUACCUUAAGUGCACCGCAGACUUCGACAGCUUCGCAAUCCUCUACCACAACGACCCUGAAAUCUGAUGUUUGAAUGAUGUCCCUGAGAAGUGGUGCCAGACGUUUAUCUUUGC